AGUAGACGUCCCCACGUGUUUUGUUUCUUCAUCUGCGAAUAAAUUGGUUUCGUUUUGGAAAUCAGCUGUUGAAAAUAUUCCAACGCUUUACAAGUUGAUAAAGUAUUGAGAAAUGAGCAACAACGAAACAGCGUCUUCGUCUUUGAGUGAUCAUUGUCUGGUGGAUGAUAAUUACCGUCACUGGUUUUUGAUUCCUGCUGUUGCAAUAUUGACAAUAUUAGCAUUUUUAAAUCGUCGUAAGAGCUUUAAAACUGAAAUGUUUAAAGGUCGUCCUGGUGUUGUGAUUCCGAUAGAUUUUCUAGACAGAAAUCGUAACACAAUUGUAACUUUAUUUGGAGCAAUAACUGGCUCUAUUGCGUUGCUUGUUGAGGAAAAUUUUAUUUUCCCAGGAACGAUUGGUGGUUUAAACCAUUAUUCAUCAUUUUAAUUUGUAUUGAGAUUGCCUUUUUCUUUUAUCCAAUCUUUGGAUGUUUGGCUUCACAUUAUCGUAUUAUUGGAUCAUUGUUGGGUUUUAGUUACAGUCU